UGCUCGGUGCGCGGGCUGCUGCCCGGCCUGUGCCUCCAGGUAAGCCUGGCCCUCGGCCUGCCGCCGCCGCCCGCGCGGCUCACCCGCGCCUACGCCGGCGCGCUCCGCUUCUUCGGCCGCCUGCUCCUCGCCGUCUCCCGCCGCGGCUCGCAGGCGCUGGUGCUGCUCCUCGACUCCGUGGACCAGCUGCUCCCGGCCCGCCGCCUCCACUGGCUGCCCAAGGCCUGCCCCCCAAACGUGCACGUCGUGCUCUCCGUCUCCGCAGCGGAGCACGGCCUCCUGCAGACCCUGCGCGAGGCUGUGCCCGAGGCCGAGGCGUACUUUGAGAUGGGGCCGUUGUCCAGCGAGGAAGGCAGGGAGAUGCUGGAGGGGCUGCUGGCAUCAGCCGGACGGAAGCUGAGCCCAGCUCAGCGGGCUGUUCUCCAGCACAGCCUCCCAGCCCGCGGGGACCCCUUGCUGUUUCAGCUGGCUUUCCAGCAGGUCUGGAGCUGGGCCUCCUACACCCCGCCCUCAGCACUGGUGAUCAGUCACAGGGUCCAGGACGCCCUGCACCAGCUGUGUGACACACUGGAAAAGCUCCAUGGCUCGGUCCUGGUGUCGCACGCUCUUGGCUAUAUUGCCUUCUCCCAGAACGGGCUGGCAGAGGCAGAGCUGAAGGAUGUCUUAUCCCUUGAUGAUGAGGUUCUGUCUGAGAUUUACCAGCACUCCUCUCCUCCAAGUAAAUCCAUCUUGCGUUUGCCCCCUCUGCUGUGGGCACAACUUUGCCAUGAUGUUCAAGACUGCUUAGUGGAGAUGCAAGCAGAUGGCUUCACCCUUCUUGGCCUUGCUCACAGGCAGUUUGCUGAGGUUGUGCAGAAUCGUUACCUGUCCGCGCAAAACCAAACCAAACGGCAUUUGCUCCUGGCAGAUUUCUUCAGGGGGACUUGGAGCUGGGGGAUGAAAAAACCCUUUCUUUUGCCACUCUGUGGCACAACUCUCAAUGCUGACAGGAAGGUAGCACCUCAGCUGCUCUGGUUCUCUGAUACUAUUGCAAAUCAGAGGAAACUGAGUGAAUUCCCUUUUCACUUACUCGGUGCUGGGCGAAUUGAGGAGCUAAAGCGGGACAUACUGGGGAAUAUGAACUGGAUCAUCUGUAAAAUCACUGCUGCUGGAAUAGAGAGCAUUGUGGAUGACUUUGCCAUGUGCAUUACUCAUACUAACUGCCCAGAAUUAAGUCUUGUGCAAGAUGUACUCCUCCUCCUGAAACCAACCAUUGAUGAUAUGGAUGGCGUUGUAGAAGUGAGUACUAUAUAUACAGAAGUGCUGGGCAGGCUUAAUUUUUUCAUCUCGUCUUAUCCGGAUCUCAUUGGGAGGUUGUGCCAGCAGUGUUUACACUGGUUUGAAGUCUGUCCACAUCCUGUUCUCAUCCCACUGUGUGGAUUCCUCCAGCCUCCUGGUGGGCCCCUGCAGAAGACUCUCACUGGGUUUCUCAAAGGUAUCACAGUACUGGAGCUCAGUUCUGAGCACAAGCUAAUGGUAGCAGGGUCCCAAGACGGUUCAAUGCUUGUGUGCAACAUGGAGAAUAUUGAGGUGAUGCAAGCCCUGACUGGUCACACUGCUGAGGUGAAGUGUGUGAAAGUGUUUGGAAAAGGGACUUCUGCUGUCUCAGCUGCCAUGGAUCACACUUUACGUAUCUGGAAUUUAGUUUCUGGCAGAGAAAAGUUUUCAAUCGCGGACACUCACUUCAGCGCACCGCAUCUGUGUCAGCUUUGCGUAGAUGAAAGGAACAUGGUCGUUUAUUCAGCAUCAGGUGAAAAGGUUAGUGGCUGGCAUCUGGAAACAGCAGAACUUGUUUUCCAGAUUUCUGGUGAUGUCCAAGAUGUGUGGCUGUGCACUGCUGUGUUUGUCCCAAGGCUGGUAAUUCUGAUAGUGUCUGAAGGAGGAAUAGUGUGCCUGUGGGACAGAAGCACUGGAGCAAUGCAGUCUAAACACCAGCUAUCAUGGCUACAGAAAGAAGCACCAACUUGCAGUGCUUUGAUCCAGAAGCAAGGAAAAAUGGUGGCAGGAUUUAGCAGAGGGUCCCUGUCCAUGAUUUCUUCUGAUAGAACCAGCUUGCUGGAGAAGCUUCCUCAAGGCGUUCGCUUUGUGGUGACAUCAGAAGAUGAGUCUCUCCUUGCUGCAGGCUUUGGGGAAUACGUGAGAGUGUUCCUGGCUGAUUCACGUGGAUUCUGCAGGUUUCUAGCAACAGACUUGGAGCAUGAAGGUGUGGUGCAUACAGCUGUUAUCUCUUCUGACAAUAACAUCAUUGUUACGGGCUCUCAGGCUGCAUAUAUCCAGGUGUGGAGUUUAUCAGAACAGGGUUUGCUGAAGGAUACCUUGGGUAACCUGGGAACACCAGCAACACUCUUAGCCCUGCAUGGCUGCACACUGGUAUCUGCGUCCCACAAUGCCCCAUGUGUCAGAGCAUGGGACCUCUCUUAUGAUAAUAAGCACAAAACUUUAGCACCUUUCCUAGGUUGCAGUGCAGUGUCUCAAGAUGGGAACUAUGUUUACUUCCCUCAGCCUGGAGAGAACCAUAAAGUCAUCAUCUGGAACAGCAUAGAAGGUGCAGAGUGUGACACACUGGACACCUCCACCCAAGUGAGAAGCCUGGAGGUGGCCAAACAGAGAGAACUCCUUUUCACUGGGCUGGUAUCUGGAACAGUCCUGGUUUUUCCACUGAAUUCCAGGCAAGAUGUGGUGUGCAUCCCACCCCCGGAGUCACAAAAACCAGUCAACCACAUAGCACUCAACAGGCAGGAAACACAACUAGUUGUAGCAUAUGAUAACUUAGUCCUUGUGCUGGAUGUGAACCCUGGAGAGCCAUGCCCAGUGACUGACAAGCCCAUUUACACCUUUUAUACCCAGCUCCCUGCUGUUAUUUCCAGCGUGGCUGUCCUUACAGACGGUCAGGUCCUCUAUGGCAUGUCCAGUGGGGACUUAUUCCUUUAUGACUGUCCACGUUCCCGAGUAUUUCCUUUGGAAGCCCACAGAAGCAAAAUCACUUGUUUAGAAAAUAGUCAUGGAGAACAGUGGGCACUGAGUGGCUCUGAGGAUUCUCUGCUGUGUCUGUGGGACUUGGAGCUCUGCCAGUGGAAACAUGAGAUAUGCUAUUAUAAGCAUUCAUCCUUCUUGAAAGGUAUUGAAUGUGCUUGCUUCUCAAAAGAUGAUAAAUACCUGUAUACUGGAUUACUGGAUCAGUCCAUUGCAGUUUGGGAUGUUUCAAAUGGUGCUCUGCUGGCUGUGCAUUUUGUGCAUGCAACUGCAAGAAGAAUCGUGCCAACUGCUGAUGGGUUUGUUGCAACAACAAAUCUUGGCUAUAUCAUUCGUGAGAAGUUCCACUGCCGACAGUCCAGCAGCCACCAGCAUGACCCACUCCAGCAUGUGGAGGCAACAUGCAUAGUCAAAUCCAGGAAGGGAGAAGAGGCAAAUUCAAGAGUGCAGCACAGCAAUCAAGGAAAUGCCUCCAGACACCAGAUUCAAAACCACAAGCCAUCACAGAGCUGUGCAAUUGUGUAAGAGGAGUGAAGCAGCAGAUUGGGAAGACGUAGCCUCGGGACCCAAGAUCAAGUGUUCAGGCCAAGCCACUUAAGUCCGAAGCGGAGAGCUGGGGUUAAAUUUGGGAGUUACUAGAUCUCUUCUCUGUUCAGUCCUACACUAUGCAACAAAGAAAACCAACUUAACCAUAGUAUUUCCCAGUAUAUUUGAUCAGUUAGCAUUCAGGAUUUCUUAGUGCUGCUGCACUGCAACAGCCAAGUAAUGCACAAGGAACAUGGGUGCUGUGCUAGUGACGCUGCCUGCGCUGCGUUAGAUUUUAAUGGGUUAGCGCACUGUUAAUGCGAGUACCUUGUUUACCAGAAGCAGAGUCAACCCAUCCGACUGCUGAACCGUUAACAUGCGUUACGAGUACACACAAGCCCCUGCUGUUGUGAGCCGCCACCCCCCGCCUGGCCUGCACUAGGAGUCGCGCACACCUGUUCUGUGCGUACAAGCUCCGCAGAGCCUGUAGCUCACACGCCCAUCGUGGCAGGAGCAAACUCCCACCCCCAUGAGCCCUCGCUGACUGCACACAGAGAACGGCAGCAGAUUUCUGACACUAAUCCCCUCGCUCCUAAAUACACCCUGCAUAGAAGCCAAAGGGAGGAGUUAUAUAUUACAGUUAAGAAGGCAACAAGAUUGUGAUUACAAGGGUAGUGUUCGGCAGGCUGCUGCGUGGAGUUCCUUGCUCUAAGCGGUUGUUUGUUAGGAUACUAUAAGUUCCUCCUAAAAGUAAAGGAGGAAGUUUUAUCUAUAUGUAGUUUGGGUGCACCUCCCUGCCCCACACAACUUUCAGCAUAACUUUAUUAAUAAACUUUAUAAGAGAGUCUC